AUGAAGGUUUCCAUUCAACCCUAUGACCCCGAGUGGCCAAAGAAAUUCGUCGAAAGAAAAGACCACCUACUGCAGAUUCUCAAGGGCGUACCGAUCGUUUCAAUAGAGCAUGUGGGGAGUACAUCUAUCCCAUCACUUCCAGCCAAACCUGUGAUUGACAUCGACAUCAUAAUACCCGGCUCCUCGCUGCAGACUGCACGAGACGCGCUCACAAAAGCGGGUUAUGGAGACAUUGGAGAGUUGGGUAUCCCCGAACGCUUUGUAUUUCGUCAGCCGGGGUAUGGAAGGUUCGAUGCGGCUCAUGGUGCGGGAAGAGAUGGCGAAUUUCGCUACAACACCUAUGUUGUCAUUGAAGGAUGUGAAUCGCUGAGAAACCAUCUUGAUAUCAAAAGAAUACUACUGGAGGAUCAUGAUCUGCGCGAGGAGUACGCAUUGGUGAAGACGAAGCUGGCGGAUACUGACUUUGAAGAUAUCGACCAAUAUACUACCGGGAAGACGGUGGUUCUUUGUAAGGUACUACGGAAGGCUGGGUGGAGUGAUGAAGAACUGGAGUCGGUCAUGAAAGUAAACUCAUAA